CUGGGUAUUUGGGGCUACGCCUCCAAACACUUUUAACACAUAUUAUUAUUUUCUUGACGAAGCAGAUUACAUUACAGAAAUGAAUUCACUUGGAAAUAGUUAAAUAAGAUUUCUUGUGCGUUGGGAGGAGCCAAAAUAGUCUGAAAGAUGUUAUCUCCCAAUUUAUGAUGAAGGGAGGUGCACAUAAUCGUCUUUCGCCCGAGACGCGCACUCUGAACAGAGGGGAGAGCAACAGCUGAGCAACAACGGUGUGGGUUGUAUGUUUACGCAACACACGGGGAAUCUGUGGCUGAGAGACAGACAGCACCGGACUAGCGCUCUGGCUGCGGUGGCGGUGCGUGUGCCUGGGUACUCUUCGGAAGCAGACACUACAGACGUGCUUCUGAAGCAUACGCGGUGUCCUUGUGAAUGUGAUGAAUUUGGACAGCCAAGGGAAUAACGACCGGUACCAUCGAACAGACACGGAGAGAGAGCGCGAAAGAGGUGCAUAUCAUUAGCAAUUAAGCAAAUGCAAUUAUUUGAAUAGAGUCACGGGUUUGAAAGGAACCCUUUUGGAAGCCGUGGAUAGCGAUUCUCUUCCUGCUUUUCAAACGAAAAAACAACGCCGAGGACGCAGGAAAGCUAUCGAGUCCAGGUGGGGGCUUGGUUUCUGGCUGAGUCACACACUUCUUCCAGUUCAAUACGGGAGGCAGACGUUUCACCUUGACACGUGUUCUACAGCACUAGACUCCCGGCCUUCAGCAGAACGCAUGCCUGGAGUGGAAGCAGUUGUUUAGUUUAUCUUCUCUCCUUUUCAUCCUUGGCUGGGAUCGCUGAUUCCUAGCAGUGUAAUCCGCCUCUAGUUUUCUUGGAGUUUUUUUCUGUGGGAUUUUGAAAGCACCAGGACUUUAAGCUCUUCUCAGCUCUGUGCUGGCUUGGCGCUGGUUUCUUGGUAGAAGUGUCUUUGGUGGCAUUAGCACUGGAAGCUACCUGUCUAUUAGGAACCUGAGCCAUUCAUGUGUCCAGGAGGCAGCCCCUUCAGUUUCAAUGUAAUGUGAGAGAGGAGAGAUGUGGCGAUGUAGUAUGAGAGAGGAGAGAUGUUGCACAGCAUACAGGGAUUAUCAUACACACUGGUAAAUUAAGCAGCACUGACUCAUUCACGUGCUUCAAAUACUUCUGAUAAGAUUUUUAAAAAUGCUGCAGCUGGCUUGAUUACAAGCCUCGGGGAUUUGUUUUAAAACCUCCCUGUGAGGCGCUGAGAGCCUGUGUGGAGACGGGUCUGUGAUUGUUGCUGGUUUGAGCGAGUGGGACCCCGCUGCUCACAAUGGGGAUGUCCCAGGGCACCUACACCUUCCUGACCUGCUUCGCUGGCUUCUGGCUCAUCUGGGCGCUGAUCGUCCUGCUGUGCUGUCUGUGCAGCUACAUGCAGCGCCGGGUGAAGAGGAGGCACGAGGAGAGACUCAGAGAGCUGACCCUGCGCACGCUGGAGAUGGACGCCCUGGUGUAUCAGGGAUACCCCCCCAGGGAACCCCCCGGCGCCUGGGCAAACGCACACGAAGUGAUUGGGAAACCCCCUUGCUAUGAGGAAGCGGUGAUGAUGGAAGACCCCCCUCCCCCUUACACUCAGGUUCUGGCCGACACCCAGGGUGGCGUUUACCCCAAAGCUGCUGCUGGGGGGUCCCGGAAACACCAGGACCCCGAAACGAAUAAGUCCCUCCCUGAGCCGGUCCUCUCGGAGCAGCCCUACACCUCGUUCAUACACCUCCCUGGAGCAGGACAGUGGAGCUCCCAGGGGACACUGCUGUCCACUGCAGAUCUGAACCGCACCAACCUCCCGGCCGAGAGCACUGAGGCUCUGCCCGCUGCCUUCCCAGUCAUAGGCAGGAGCACGGCGGUGUGAGGAGGGCAAGCAGGCUGCUUCUGUACUGAGAGGGGAAACUGUAGCACUCCUCAGCAAGGCCUGGGGAACCACAGCAGCGUACAGCUGCAGGACACAAAGACUGCAUCUUCUUCACAGGCUGCUUCUGUACUGAGAGGGGAAACUGUAGCACUCCUCAGCAAGGCCUGGGAAACCACAGCAGCGUACAGCUGCAGGACACAAAGACUGCAUCUUCUUCACAGGCUGCUGCUGUACUGAGAGGGGAAACUGUAGCACUCCUCAGCAAGGCCUGGGGAACCACAGCAGCGUACAGCUGCAGGACACAAAGACUGCAUCUUCUUCACAGGCUGCUUCUGUACUGAGAGGGGAAACUGUAGCACUCCUCAGCAAGGCCUGGGGAACCAUGGCAGCGUACAGCUGCAGGACACAAAGACUGCAUCUUCUUCACAGGCUGCUUCUGUACUGAGAGGGGAAACUGUAGCACUCCUCAGCAAGGCCUGGGGAACCACAGCAGCGUACAGCUGCAGGACACAAAGACUGCAUCUUCUUCACAGGCUGCUUCUGUACUGAGAGGGGAAACUGUAGCACUCCUCAGCAAGGCCUGGGAAACCACAGCAGCGUACAGCUGCAGGACACAAAGACUGCAUCUUCUUCACAGGCUGCUUCUGUACUGAGAGGGGAAACUGUAGCACUCCUCAGCAAGGCCUGGGGAACCAUGGCAGCGUACAGCUGCAGGACACAAAGACUGCAUCUUCUUCACAGGCUGCUUCUGUACUGAGAGGGGAAACUGUAGCACUCCUCAGCAAGGCCUGGGGAACCAUGGCAGCGUACAGCUGCAGGACACAAAGACUGCAUCUUCUUCACAGGCUGCUUCUGUACUGAGAGGGGAAACUGUAGCACUCCUCAGCAAGGCCUGGGGAACCAUGGCAGCGUACAGCUGCAGGACACAAAGACUGCAUCUUCUUCACAGGCUGCUUCUGUACUGAGAGGGGAAACUGUAGCACUCCUCAGCAAGGCCUGGGGAACCAUGGCAGCGUACAGCUGCAGGACACAAAGACUGCAUCUUCUUCACAGGAUGCUUCUGUACUGAGAGGGGAAACUGUAGCACUCCUCAGCAAGGCCUGGGGAACCAUGGCAGCGUACAGCUGCAGGACACAAAGACUGCAUCUUCUUCACAGGCUGCUUCUGUACUGAGAGGGGAAACUGUAGCACUCCUCAGCAAGGCCUGGGGAACCAUGGCAGUGUACAGCUGCAGGACACAAAGACUGCAUCUUCUUCACAGGCUGCUUCUGUACUGAGAGGGGAAACUGUAGCACUCCUCAGCAAGGCCUGGGAAACCAUGGCAGCGUACAGCUGCAGGACACAAAGACCGCAUCUUCUUCACAGGCUGCUUCUGUACUGAGAGGGGAAACUGUAGCACUCCUCAGCAAGGCCUGGGGAACCAUGGCAGCGUACAGCUGCAGGACACAAAGACUGCAUCUUCUUCACAGGCUGCUUCUGUACUGAGAGGGGAAACUGUAGCACUCCUCAGCAAGGCCUGGGAAACCAUGGCAGCGUACAGCUGCAGGACACAAAGACUGCAUCUUCUUCACAGGCUGCUUCUGUACUGAGAGGGGAAACUGUAGCACUCCUCAGCAAGGCCUGGGGAACCAUGGCAGUGUACAGCUGCAGGACACAAAGACUGCAUCUUCUUCACAGGCUGCUUCUGUACUGAGAGGGGAAACUGUAGCACUCCUCAGCAAGGCCUGGGGAACCAUGGCAGUGUACAGCUGCAGGACACAAAGACUGCAUCUUCUUCACAGGCUGCUUCUGUACUGAGAGGGGAAACUGUAGCACUCCUCAGCAAGGCCUGGGGAACCAUGGCAGCGUACAGCUGCAGGACACAAAGACUGCAUCUUCUUCACAGGCUGCUUCUGUACUGAGAGGGGAAACUGUAGCACUCCUCAGCAAGGCCUGGGGAACCAUGGCAGCGUACAGCUGCAGGACACAAAGACUGCAUCUUCUUCACAGGCUGCUUCUGUACUGAGAGGGGAAACUGUAGCACUCCUCAGCAAGGCCUGGGGAACCAUGGCAGCGUACAGCUGCAGGACACAAAGACUGCAUCUUCUUCACAGGCUGCUGCUGUACUGAGAGGGGAAACUGUAGCACUCCUCAGCAAGGCCUGGGGAACCAUGGCAGCGUACAGCUGCAGGACACAAAGACUGCAUCUUCUUCACAGGCUGCUUCUGUACUGAGAGGGGAAACUGUAGCACUCCUCAGCAAGGCCUGGGGAACCAUGGCAGCGUACAGCUGCAGGACACAAAGACUGCAUCUUCUUCACAGGCUGCUUCUGUACUGAGAGGGGAAACUGUAGCACUCCUCAGCAAGGCCUGGUGAACCAUUGCAGCGUACAGCUGCAGGACACAAAGACCGCAUCUUCUUCACAGGCUGCUUGUUGGAAACUUCAGAAGUUACCCCUGAGAGGGAAGCUAGCCCCCUACCGGACGACUUUGAAUGGGGGUGGAGCAGUUUAAUUGUGUUGUCAAAAUGUCACAUGGAUCCCCAUGUGAGAAACAGCAAUGAAAGUGCAUUAUAUUGGGACAGGGUGUUGCCACUGUCGGGCAAGCACUCUGUGACUAGAGAACAAUACAAAUGCAGUGAUUGUGAUGUUUCACUACUGAAAAUAAUACAGAGAUCUUACAUUGCAGGUGUAAUGCACAAGUGAAGCUGCAAGUUGCAAUGCAUUGUCAUUAUUUGUCCGUUAGGGCCAACAAUAUUGCACCUUUAGUGCUGUAACUACUUUAUAGUAUAGAUAAAAGGGGUCCUAUGUGGCUGAAUGUGGUUAACAUUUCCAGUACGCUAGUGACAAGUUAAGGUAAAGAGGAGAUGUGUUCAAAUCCCAAAGGUUUCUGAAAAGCACUUUUUUUUUUGUAGCUUGUAAAUAAAUAAAUAAAUAAAUAAAUAAAUAAAUAAAUAAAUAAAGUAAGAAAGUGCAUUGGAUUGCAGGAUCAGCCCUUAAAAGGAGUUUCUACUUCAGAGCCACGCGUUUAGUUUCCGUAGCACGUUAUCAAUAUGCUCUGAAAUAACCGUUCGAUGGAUUUGUUUUGUUUUGUUUUGUUAUGUUUUACUGGUGAGGUUUCCACGUCUCUUUCACAUGUGCUUGCUUUCGAGACGCUUCCUCUAAAGCCUGCCCAGUCUCUUCCUCCAUCACGCAACUUUCCACUGUGCCAGUGCAAACAACCUCGCUAGAAACCAAAAUCUCAAAGCAAACAGACACCGCAGCCAGGAGAUUGAAGACAAGCACUGAACAUUGAGGUACUAAAACCCAGUAGAUAUCAUUCGACACCUUACAGGAAAGGUAAAGAAGACGAUCCCUGGGGAGCCGUUAUCAUGCCCCUGCGUUGAGCUCCAGUGAUUCAGUGCGUCCCAGUGCAGUGUUACUAGACAGUGUGCACACUCCAGUUUGUUUAUUGUACUCGGUAUCAGACGGGUUAUUGCACUGUUCUUGUUUUACUGUCUUCUCCAGUUUUUGCUGGUUCAGAUGAUGACGCUCAUUCCACUCCAUUAGUUCAGCUCGACAGAUGCUAUUUUCUGCACUGCCAUGCAGGUGAUCAGCCACGCGCUUUCCCAGACAGUGUGCUUGCGUGCGUGUGUGCGUGCAUACAAUGGUGUAGCUUGUUUAUUUUUCCAUGAUGAAUGUUAGCGAUUGACUUUAUUGAUUGAGAUUCCUAAAACUAUACGCUGCGGGUUUUGAAGCAAGUGUGAUUGUGUGCCGAAAAAAAAAAAAAAAAACACACACUUUCCCCUAAAGGUGCUGCUGUUUAUCUCUGAUUAGGAUUUCUUUUAAUAGCACCUGCCACCUCCUGGUGAGCACAUCUUGUGCUUUCAUAUUUACUGCAAUGUUUAACCAUAAAGGAAACUGUUUCUGUA